AUGGCGUCGCCCAUGAGCAUCAAGACCCCUCGCAGCUCCACCCCUCCGCGCAAGCCGGCUCGAACGGCUGCUCAGGUGCCUUCGCCGUCCAAGUGGGGUGAGGUUGUAUCAUCCCUGCCGGUGGUGAGACUCUCCGAGCAGAGUUCCCUCGGAAGUCCGAGCAAGCAUCUCGGCUUCUCACCACAAGUUGGCUUCGGCGACGCAUCCUUAUCUCUGUGGAGUCCCGAGCCCCUGGCCAAACCGAAGGCUCCAGGCCAGUCAGCACUGGCAUCUGAAUUCUGGCGGACACAUGAGCGGUAUGCCUUGCAGCGGUCUCGGGAAGCCGCACGGCAAGCGGAGAUCAAGAAGCACUCCGAAGAGACUCCCCAGACCACGCGCAAUGAGACCACCAUCCAGUCUGAAACGCAGGUGCAUUGGAAGCCCGGUGUUCAAUUGUCGCCUUCCCUGGAGGCCUACCUGCCGCCCACCCUUGCGACCAGAUCGGAGCCUUUGACUUUGCCUGUUGCCCCUGCGGAAGCUCAUCCUUCCCAGGUACAGGCCCCUCCAAGAAAGCAGCCGCCACCAGCCGAGGAAGCCUACGAGCAACUGCUGGAAGGCCUUGCGAGGCGGCUUGCCGCUUCCCCAGCAGAGGACCGAGCGAAAGACAGCGCAGCUCAAAGAAUGGCUGCUGCUGCCAGGGGCUCGCAGAGGCCUGGCACCAUGCAGCGGCAGCUGCCGCUGCCCAGCCCUGGCCAGAGGACGCCUGGAGCAAGUCGGACGAGAAACCGGUCGACAUGCGCGGUCUGGAAGAGAUGCUGA